GCCAUAUAGUGGGGGAGUGUGCUGUGAGAGAGAGGCAGAGGUUUUUUUGUUUGUUUGUUUUUUGUUUUUUUCCACUGGAGAGCACUGGUUGGGAUUACGCUCGAGCUGUGGGUUGGAGUGGAUUACGCGGCGUCGCGCGCGCAGAGAGCUAGAGAGGCGGAAAUGUGCCGCCGCGCUUCAUCGCCCGACGAGCUUCUCGGUCCGCUCCUCCGCCAACUGAUCGCGACACUUGAGGCGCACCCUGACUCUUUCCGCCUGCACUAAAUCACCGCCCGCACCGAGGUGCCCGGCUGCAUGGAAACAUGGCCGACGUUCCCCAGAUCGUCAAAAUCGGGAUUUCCCUGAAGAUGCUUCCGAACAACAGCCCGGUGUUCUUCAAGUCGGACGGAGCUCGGUUCGGACAGACGCGGACCAUCAAGCUGCUGACCGGCUCCAAGUACAAGAUCGAAGUGGUGGUGAAGCCGGGAGCUGUCCAGGCCACCUCCAUGAGUGUGGGUGGAGUGACCUUUCCCUUGGAGCAACAAUCCAAAGACCCCCAGUCUGCGGUUUACACCGGUCAGUAUGACACUGAGGGGGUGGCACACACAAAGAGUGGAGAAAGGCAGCCAGUUCAAAUCAAUAUACAGUUCACAGAGGCGGGAUCAUUUGAAACCGUGUGGCAGGUGAAGUUCUACAACUACAACAAGAGGGACCACUGCCAGUGGGGCAACAGCUUUAACAGCAUCGAGUACGAAUGCAAACCCAACGACACGCGCACGCUCAUGUGGAUCAACAAAGAGAUGUUCAUCUGACGACCAGAGGCGGCGCAGAAGACGUGGGUGUGUGCUUUAACGAGUCCUCCCUCCUUCAACCAUCUGUCAGUGUCAGAAAAUGUGAAGCUCUUUGCAACCGAAACAGACCCAUACCCUGCUAUUUUAUGUAAAAGACUGCAUAACCUUCCUUGGAAUGUUUUUUUUCCAUCUACACUCUGGUAUUCUGUCCCUCAAGUGUGUAAAAAAUAAAUUUUUGUGUAACAGUAAUGUAGUUGUGUAAGAUUACCUGUGUUUACAAUGAGUAUGUGUUUUACAGAUGGUGCUACUGAUGUGGUUAUGUGGAUAUGUGUGUAUUUUUAAACUAUAAGCAGUACUGUGGAAAAGUUUUGACUGUCUCUUAUUUCUUGAGAUUUAUUUGAUUUGUUUAAGUUACUUAGCGCUGAGUAAUGAUAUUUGGUCACAAGGUCUCCAAUAAUUCAGUGUUGUUCAUACAACAGGAAUCUUAACAAAGAACCAUUUUUAAGCUUAGUUCAAUCUAAGAUACCAAAAAUAACACAGUUAGUCACAGACAGGAAAAAUAAUCUAGUAUUUAAGCACCAAUAAGAUGAUUCCCAAGCAUGUAGUAGCAUUGCGCUAGUGCUUAAGAUUAGCACAAGCUUUUUGAAAACCCCUGAGAAGGAGAAACUGAUAGAGAUUUUAUUGAAAAGUUUACAAAAAAAGUUUGGAACACUGUGUAGAGUCCAUCAACAUUCCUACCCUGAACUUUGGUGAUCUGAUCAAGGGGCCUUCUUUUGGAGGAUAUCUGGUCAUGUCCCACUGGUAGGAGACUUGAAGGCAGACCCAGGUUCCUCUCAGGGGACUGUUUGUCCUUUCUGGAUUAGGAAUGCCCCCAGGUUGCCAGAACAAACUGGAUGACCAGGACCCUCAUGUAAAGUUUCAUCUAAAAUACCCUCAGGGUGGUACUGCCAUAUUUGGAGGCAUGUUUAUGCAUUCUUGAUUGCUGACCUGUUGAUCAAGUUUUAUUAAUACAGUUUUAAAAUGAUUAAACAUUUGGUACAUUCUGACCGACUUAAAAAGCAUCUUGGUUUGAAGCACUCUAUGUUUACCUCUGUGGGAGUUCCUUAUGUUGAAUACAUGAAUCAUUUGAACAUGAAGUCCAGCUAUAUAAGUAAGCAUUUUAGCUUUGGAUGCAGUUCUUGUCUCCACCGUGUUUGUGUUCUCUACCUCUUCUAAAAGGACCUGACUUUGUCUCCAUUAAGGAAAGGGGGAAAAAAGUUUUGUAUUUGGAAUAUUCCCAGCCUAAACCUUUAGUGACCUGUUUAUUGACUGUUUUAUAUUUUUUGUGACGUUAUAUAAAAAAAUGUUUUUUUGUACAGAGAACAAUUAACUCUUUUCAAAUUGUUUAUUUUUUCAGAAAACACUUUCAAUUCUCAAUUAAAUUGAUCUAUGCAGAACAUUAGGGGAACCAAAUGACACGUGCAAUAUACUGUUCUGAUGGGAUUUAUGUUAAGAAGAAACUUUUCCUGUUGUUAAAGUAAUGUUUAUAAUGUCAUUAUAUUAAAAGGGGAAAUGUCUA